UCUCACGGCCGCAGGCAGCAGAGGCGUCCCGGUUUGCUGAAACACAGACCUUUGCUUUGACUUUUUUUUUUUUUUUUUAUCGGCCCAAGUUAAUCCUCAACUAGGAGUUGCGGUGUAACUGAUCCCAUUCAAGAACCAACAACCAAAACGUCACUGAUUGUUUGCUAAACAAGUUUCUUCUGAGGGAGAAGAUGUCUGUGAAAGAAACGGCUUCGUCGUCCUCCAUCAUCCCCCUGCGCUCUGACGAGCAUCAGCAGAGUAUUCUGAGCAAAUUCGACAAGCUACGGAAAAAAGACCUGCUUUGCGACAUAACUCUAGUGGUGGAGGACGUACACUUCAAGGCUCACAAGGCUCUGCUGGCAGCCAGCAGCGAGUACUUCUCCCUCAUGUUCACCGCAGAGCAGCCGGUCCCGCGGUCCACCUACAGGCUGGACGGCAUGGCGGCGAAGACGUUCGGCGCGGUCCUGGAGUUCAUCUACAGCGCCCAGGUGUGUGUGGAGGAGAGCUCCACGGAGCAGCUCCUGGCCACGGCUCAGAGGGUAAAGGUCAGCGAGCUCGUCCACGUCCUCGUUGAGCUCACAGACUCCACAGGCACGAAGGACGAGAAGACGCCAGACAGAACCGAGGCAGCGGACCUGUCGAAACGCAAACGAGGGCGGCCAAAGAAAAGCGCAGGUGGAUUCCGUGACGGCUCAGACGAUGUCCAGGCUGCAGAGGGUGACCCUGCUGAAGACCACAACACCGGAUCUGGCCAGAGGCGUCAAAGCAAACGUAAGAUAAGGACGCCGGUUAAAUACAAGGGCUACAGGAUCAGCGGUGACGGAGCAGGAAGCAAAGAGCCGGGGGGGAGGGGCUACAUGAGGAAGUACCCCAACACUGAGGCGCGAUGCGACGACUGCGGGAAAGUCUUCAAGCACCAUCUGUUUUUAAAGAUCCACCAAAGAACUCACACCGGAGAGAAACCAUUCCACUGCUCCGUCUGUGGGAGGAGCUUCACUCAGAAGCACACCUUGCUGGCUCACCAACGCAUUCACACGGGGGAGAAGCCGUUCGUUUGCGGCAUCUGCUCAAAAGCGCUUUCCACCAAACACUCCCUGCAGGAGCACAUGAACCUCCACGAAGGACAGAAAUCCUACGACUGUGAUAAAUGUGAAAAGACCUUCACUCAAAAGAAACAACUGAAAAGCCACUACAGAGUUCACACAGGUAAAUCGUUACCAGAGUGUGAUCUGUGUCAUCACAAGUUUAUGGAUGCAGCUCAGCUGAAGAAGCACCUCAGAACUCACACUGGUGAGAAGCCUUUCACUUGUGAAAUCUGUGGCAAAUGUUUCACAGCCAAGAGCACGCUGCAGACACACAUCAUGAUUCACAGAGGUGAGAAGCCGUAUAAAUGUAGCAUCUGUGAGAAGUCUUUCUCAGACCCCAGCGCCAGGCGGCGCCACAUCGCCUCCCACUCUGGGAAGAAACCCUUCACCUGCUCCUUCUGUGGCCUGUCCUUUACCCGGCCGGACAACCUGAAAACGCACACGAAGUCUCACAACAAGGAGAGACCCGCCGCCACGGCGACCGAGGCCUCACCAGCCGCGCCGCCGGAGGAGCCGCGCAACGUCCUCCAUCUGCAGCCAUACCCGCCGGCGCUCAGCUCUGAGCAGGAGAUCCAGCUGGUGGUGGCUGGCGAGGUGAACAACAUCAACUUCGUUCCGGGUCAGGAUCAGGAGAUCAGCCUAGUCGCCGCUGACGGAGAGACGGCGCAGUCGGCCCACUCCAGGGUCACCCUCCUGGCCCAGCCGGCGGGGCCGAUCCAGAACCUGGCGCUGGUCGCUCAGGGAGACGCCGCGGCCCACGCCCCGCAGGUUCACUCCAUCGGCAUGUUGGAGAGCCACCAGCCGGAGCAGAUGCACGUCAUCACCCUGAGUAAAGAAGCCAUGGACCAGCUGCAGGCCCACCACGGCCCGCCGCAUCCUCUGCAGAUAGCGCGGCCCCUCCAGGUGAUGCAGCAGCCGCAGCAGCUGGCCGUGGCGCAGGAGAGCUCGCAGGUUCACAGCCAGGCCAUCCACAUCAGCAGCCAGGUCAGCCAACCGAUCUCCAUCAGCCAGACCAGCGAGCAGAUCUCCAGCCACCACAUCCAGGGGCAGACAUUCCAGAUCCAGGCGGGGACCGUGUCUUACCUGUACACCACUGGCCUUCCCCAGGACAGCUCAGAGGAAUGCAUUAUGCAAACUAAGAUGUGAAGGUGCUAACAAACCGGUGCUGCUGACACGUUUGUUGUUAUGGAUGGAGGCGGAUCAGAAAGUUGGCCUGUGCUCAGAACAAAAACGAAAUGGAACAUUUUACCUGUUCAGCUCAUCGAUAAUAAUAAUGCGGAGACCUUCUUAAAUGUUAAGAUUACACUAAAAGAAUGGAGACACCUAAUCCUAAUCAAUAAGAAGAUUACCAUAAGGUCUCUCCGUACCCUUAAAAAGUCUUAAAUUGAUGUAUCUAAAAUUAAGGCCUUCAAAUUUUCUUUAAUUGAUUGAAAAACAAUAAACUGUGAUGAAAUACAUUCAUCACACAUCUUAAAUUUUGUGGUGGCAGAACAAUUGAUCUCAUAUUAAAUUGUUCUGCCACUCCAUGGAGUGCAUAUAUUCCUGCUAGUGCACAUAUACCAUGGAGUAUAAAUGCUAGUGGUAUGCUAGUGGUAUACUAUAUACCACUAGCAUUAUUUUUUUCUGCCAGGACUUUAUUGUUGUGUAAAACUGAGUCUUGUAGACAUUUUCAUUGCUUUUCAUUGCGUGACUGUCUAGGUUUUAAACAUCUAUCAUGGGGAAGUGCUAAUUUAUCUGGACGAUGUUCAUCUUAGCCAUUGGCUCAGUUCUGUGCCUAACCAAUAUUGUUUAUUUAUUUGUGAUUUUAUUUUGUACAUUUCUGUCUUGAAUCAAGUCUUAUAUUCUAUUCAUAAUGGUUUUGAAAAUAUCUCUAAAAGUCUUACAUUUAGUUGGUGAAACUUGCAGAAACCCUGUGUUAUUAAUAAGCUUUGUAUCAUUUGACCUACUUCCCCAACAGUCACAUUUUGGAUAGAAAAUGAAAUGAUCAAUUUGGCUAAUGACUCUAAAUAUGUUCUUUUUUUCUUUAAAGUUGUGAUUAUGCUGAUGUUUUAAAAGUUAAAGGUCUGUAUUUUGUUCUCAUUUGGAUACACUAUUAAGGGCCUGUUCUUGGUUUGCUCAUUAUAUGCAGGCGCCGUCAUUUUCUCAGUUGUAACUAACAGAUAAACUAAAGAAUACAAUGUUAGAACUCAGAGAGCUUAAGUCUUGAAUGGAAAAAUGUUUAUUUGUAAGAAAUAAUCUGGUGCGAUUUGAAAGACAACACAAAAGUCUUUACAGGAAAAUAAUGAUGCCGUAAACUAAUAAAUAUAAACAUUAACAUGUUUAUAUUAAAAAUGAAUAGAAGCAAAAAUAUAUAGAAAGAACGAUGUAGCCUGAACUUAACAAUCUUUGUACAGUGCCUUACAAAAUAAUUCAUGACCUUUUUCUGUCUUUUUUUUACAUUAUAACCACAAUCAUCAUUGUAUUU